GAAGGCUCGCUUCUCUACUCUCCGAAACGUUCAUAUCUGGCAGUUGUUGCAAUUGAUUUUGGGACAACCUAUAGUGGAUUUGCAUUUUCAUUCAUCAAAGAUAAAGGAAAGGAUGCCAUCUUCAUGAACAAGGACUGGGCGAAUGAACAAGGUGGCCAAACGAGCAAAACGCCAACAUGCCUGCUACUUAAACCAGAUCUGUCGUUUGACUCGUUUGGUUAUGAAGCAAUAGAGAAGUAUUCCAGUCUUCAAAAUGAAAGCGAAGAGAAGGAGUAUCUAUUUUUCAAACAUUUCAAAAUGGCACUUCAUAGUAACGAG